AUGGCUAGAAAAUCCCAUCCACAGCCGCUGACCCUCACCGAUCCGAGACUGGUAGGCGACCAAGAUUUUCUGAAUAACCCACGAUCUCCACUGAGUCCGACGUCUCCCAAAUCUCCAAGAUCUCCAUUCCGCUUCAGCACAAAGAAAGCACAAGCUGAGGGCGAGCAGCCGCCUAUGCAGUCCUCCGAUUCACAACGCACACGAAAUACGCUACCCCCCACUCAGAAUUCCGUAUCGCUUCCCUCUUUAGAUUCAUUCACAAGCGCCCAGCCGUCGGACAGAGUGGAGGCCGAUAAAGAACAAAGACCAGCCAGAAGCGGCUUCUUUUCUAAUUAUAAAGCGUCAAAAAGCUCGAGUCGCUUACAGGCAAACCAAGACGGAAGCAGACAGGACGACAACAUGUCCAAAGACGCAGAACGUCCCAAGGUUUCAUCACAAGAAACUUCCAGAAGUGACCGUAGUACAGACCGGUCGACCAAGAGAAAACCUGUCGGUGGAGGCCCGUCGCGAUCCGAGGUAUCCAUUGACUCAACGAGCGACGCGGGGACUCCGUCUUCCUCAAAUGUGAAUAAGAAGAGUAAACCCAAAGCAUUUGGUCUGCUGUCACGAACACGAUCAAUCCGCGACGAGAAUAGUCCACGAGAACCUUCUCCCACCGACAAACUUCAACCACCACAACAACCCGAGCGGAAUCACCAACACGCAUACAGCGAGUCAAUAAAGACUGCACCAUUACGGUCGGAUAACGAUCGGACAUUUCGGGACAUGAUGGGUUCAAGUGUUCGUCAACAUUCGGAGGAUAGACAGACCUCACGAGCGCGAGACGCUUCGAGGGAGAAGGCACCCAGAGAGCCAAGUAAACUCCAGCCAUCGUUGAUGAGGGAUACAUCCAAGGAGAAUAAAAUUCCGACCUUCUCUUCCGCCCCGCAGGAGAAAAGUGGACAUGGAUUUUUGAACAACCUUAGAAGUUCGGCCACGAAAGGCGCGGGAGCCAUACACAAAGGACUUUUUGGCAAGGGAGGACGAAGUGGUAGCACGAAUGAAAAGGAGCAGCCGGUCGAUGAUGAACAUUAUGAGUUGAAGGUUAUCAACAAACCACUGGUCGAGCAGACACGACUUACACGGAUAUCGAAAAGAUUGGAGGACUCCAGGGAUAAGACGGAAUUCUGGAUGCCGGCGUUUCCCUGGCGGGCGAUUGAUUACUUGAACUACAAAGGAAGUGAUGUUGAAGGAUUGUACAGAGUGCCUGGGAGUGGACCUCAGAUCAAGAAAUGGCAGAGGAGAUUUGAUGAGGAAAUGGACAUUGAUUUAUUCGAACAAGACGAUUUGUACGACAUUAAUAUUAUCGGCUCGAUGUUGAAAGCAUGGCUUCGUGAAUUGCCAGACGAACUGUUUCCAAAAUCUGCUCAGGAUCGAAUCGCGCGAGAAUGCGUCGGCUCCGAAAAGGUACCUCAACAAUUGGUUGACGAAUUAUCCAACCUAUCUCCAUUCAAUUAUUAUCUUCUAUUCGCCAUCACCUGCCAUCUCUCGCUCCUCCUCGCCCAUUCGGCAAAGAACAAGAUGGAUUUCAGAAACCUGUGUAUUUGUUUUCAACCCUGUAUGAAGAUUGAUGCAUUCUGUUUCAAGUUUCUUGUCUGCGACUGGAGAGAUUGUUGGAAAGGCUGUAAAACAGAAACCCAGUACACGGAGCAGGAGUACAUGCUCUUUGACAUGGCUCAAGUGCCACCACCACCAGGCAGUCGAGAAGGUCAAAGCAGCACUGCGGUCGAAAGUCACGACGAACGAAAUGUUUCUAGCUCCGACAGCAGUAAACCAUCGAGCGUCAGUAUCGACAACCAAGGCCAGCGAAAGGGCUCGGCAUCUACACAACCGAAGAAAUCGGCCAUUGGUCAGAGUCAUGGUGGUGGGAGUAUGAGUACGGUUAAUACUACUCUCACGGUCCAAGAUAGGACGCCGCCGAAGAGGAGUGCGGAGAUGAGACCGCUGAGUCCGAUUAAACCAUUGAGUCCUAUCGGACUUUGA